AUGUCGCGUCCGUACGGAAAGAAAGGGUACGCCUUUCACAACCGCAGCGGCCCCGGCAGUGGCGGUGGCGGCGUCGGCAUUCUUGGGAAUGGCAACAACAAUGGCAGUCGUGGUGGCGGUCGCGCCGGCGGUGGUGGCGGUGGUGGUCGUUUCAACAACCACCACCACGGCGGCGGCAAUCGCAACAACAGCCAUAGCGACGCUAACAACAGCGGCAGCAGCGGCGGCGCGGACGUGAUGAAGGUGCUCCUCUCUCUUCUCUUCGAGAAGUCGUACAGCCAGAUCUUCAACGAGGCAAACGGCCUGCUGAACUUGUCCAACACCCGCGCCAGCCCCGACCUCGAGCCGGUGCAGAAGCGUGUGGACUACAACAGCGUCGCGUUCUGUAAGGUGCUGGCGGAGGUGCUUCGAGAGAAGUUCGCCGACCGCAUCCGUGUGUUGCAGCUGGACGACAACAGCAUCCGUCAGUUGAAGGUGUUCCUCACCGCGCUGGCAGAUGCUGACAUUCACCGCGGCAUCACGGCAAUCUCUGCCCGCAACAACAGCAUCAACGACCUCUCCUUCGUCAGCGGGCUGAAGCGCUAUGACGGCCUCAACGAGCUUCUCCUUAUCGGCAACCCCGUCACAAACCAGAAGGACUACUCCACUCGCCUCAGCCGCGACCUGCCACGACUGAGUAUGAUCGACGGCGUCGCCGUGGACCGUGCUCUACUGCGCCUGCCCAACCCGGUCAACUCAGCCCCGCCGUCGCAGCAGCAGCUCAGCGUCCUGCACUACCUUGAGCAAACUAUGUUUCAGUCCAUGGCCUCACGCAACUACGACGCCAUCACCUACCUGUACGGCUCUCAGUUCUCGGCACUGUCCAUCAGCCGUGGCCCGGAGCCGCUGCCCCAGCGCGUGCCCGUGAGCGCGGUGCUCAACACCGGCGACCUGGAGAAGCAGCUGCGCAACCAGAUGCAGGCCGACGUCUCCAAGCUGCGCUCAAGCCAAGACUUUCGCAACCUUGCCACGGACAGUGCGGGGUCGAUGCGGAACAUCGCCAAGGGCCCGCAGGAGAUCGUCUCGAAGCUGCGGAGCAUGUGCGGCGGCGACAAAUCCAUUGCAGUGGAGAUCGAGUUCAACCCGAACUUUAACAUGGUGAUGAUGGACCAAAGCUACCACAUGCGCGUGCCCGUAUGCAUAGUAACGGUGCACGGCAAGAUGCGCUAUCUCUGGAACCCGAUCCGGCCGGAGACGCAGCAGCCCACCUUCCCUGCCGGCAAGGCACCCAUGAUCUCCACGUUUUUCGACCGCACCCUGACCUUGACGUGGGACGGCAACACGAACGCAUGGUCGAUCGCGAACGACAUGGUGCUGAUGCGCCCAGACCGCGCUGUCGUGCAUGACGACGGCACCCCGAGCAGCCCGCUCUUCUUCGCUAACACCCCGUCGCGCAUUGAGCAGAUGCGCCGGCGCCUGAUGCCCGGCAUCACUGCCGAUGUCAUGGCUGUCAUCGUCAACGCGACCAGCUCGGACGAGGAGGUGAAGCAGUCCAUCAUGCAGCUGCUCAUGCUCCCUCAAGAUCAGCUGCACGCCGUGGCGAGCGAUCCAGAGGCCGCGAAGCGUGCACUGGCGAUGUAG